UAAUACACAUUUGAGUUGAAUUGAGGUCAAUCGAUUUAGGUUACGCCAAGCUUGGCGCGGGUUUGAAUGCCGGCAAAUUAAUUAAAUUUUGUGACAUUUAAUUAAUAGGAGUGUUAUUAUAAUCAAAUCAGUCCAUUUGUAAAUUUCGACGAGGAAAUGUUUAAAUUUUUGAAGAAGCAUCCCGCUAAGGAUAGCGAGGAGAGAGAGAAGUUGAAGAAAGAGUUGUUUGGAUUCAAACGAUGCACAGAACAUGGAUUUAUUAACAAGCCCGCUUGUAUGGAUUAUGAUCCCAAACUUCAGUUGCUAGCCAUUGGAAACAAGCAAGGUUAUAUUAAAAUACUUGGACAGCCUGGUGUAGAAUUCUGUGGUGAACUGAAGAGUGGAGCAUCUGUCAACCAGUUAUUUUUCUUAUCAGAAGAGGCUCGCUUGAUAUCCCUCUGUGGAGACAACACUAUCACAUUAUGGGAGAUCAACGAUAAAGGAGAGAAUACAAUUUUAGAAGAUGUGAAAGAAUUUAAAUUUAGUGCUGAAGAAAGUAAAUUCAAGAACAUAUCAGUAUGUUGCUUAACCAAGAACAAAGAGCACCUGUUGAUUGGAACAGAAAUAGGAAACAUCUUCAUAUUGGAUUUAAAAACAUUCCAAUUACUUGAUCAAAUCAUUUAUCAAGAUGUUGUUAUGCAGAAUGUUCCAGACGAUUUCAAAGUUAAUCCUGGUGCGGUUGAAGCAAUAGCUGUUCAUCCUAUAAAUCCCGAUAAGGUACUGAUAGGAUAUAACAGAGGUCUAAUUGUAUUGUGGGAUAACAAAACCAGCAACACAGAUCAGACAUAUAAUUCUACACAGCAAUUAGAGUCUUUGUGUUGGCAUAGGAAUGGUGAAGAGUUUAUGAGUGCUCAUAUAGAUGGCAGUUACAUUGUAUGGAAUGCAUCAGAUUCAACUACACCAAAAGAAUCAGCUCUUACACCUUAUGGACCAUUUCCUUGUAAGGCAAUUAGCAAAGUUGAAUGGAAAACAUCGAAAUCAGAGCCUUUCAUCAUAUUUUCGGGAGGAAUGCCUCGUGCUAGCUAUGGAGACAAACAUACAAUCAGUGUUAUGGAAGGAUCUAACCAUGUUGUGUUUGAUUUUACAUCUAAAGUAAUAGAUUUCAUCACAUUAGGCAGAGCUGAUAGUGAUGAUGAGGAUAACAAUAGUGAACAUGAUGAUCCACAUUGUUUAAUAGUUUUACUGGAAGAAGAAUUGAUUGUAAUAGAUUUAGAUUCUUCUCAAUGGCCAACUUUCCAGAAUCCAUACCUCAACAGCUUACAUUCUUCACCAAUUACAUGCUCCCAUCAUGUCGCCAAUGUUCCUGAUCCACUCUGGCAGAAAAUUGUUGAUGUUGGAGAAUCUCAAGCUAAAAACCAUUCAAAAAGGGAAUGGCCAAUAAAUGGAGGUAAACUAAAAGGAGCUGAAGGAAUAACUAAAGAUUUAUUACUCACAGGACAUGAGGAUGGUACAGUAAAGUUCUGGGAUGCUUCAGGACUAUCUAUGAAAUUGUUGUACUCAUUGUCAACAGCUACCAUGUUCAGUGUGGACUUCCAUCCCGGAGAACAGAGCUCUCCUGAAGUGGAAGAAGAAUGGCCACCAUUCAGAAAAGUUGGAAUAUAUGACCCAUUCAGUGAUGAUCCUAGAUUAGGCAUUCAGAAAAUAUCCAUGUGCCCUCUGAGUGAAACUUGUGUGAUAGCAGGAACUGCUGGCCAAGUUUUGGUGUUACAGAUGGAAAGAGAAGAACGUGAAUAUGAAACAUCAAGCGAUACUAUGAACAUUGUUAGUGAUCGUGAUAAUUUUGUGUGGAAAGGACAUGAAGCACUGAAACCACGGGAUGGUGAAGUAAAGUAUGCUGCAGGAUUCCAGCCAACAGCUGUAAUUCAGUUAUAUCCACCAGCGGCUUGCACAGCUUUGGCUUUCCAUUCAGAAUGGCAGUUAAUGGCAGCUGGAACAGCCCAUGGCUUUGCAUUAUUUGAUUAUGCUCAAAAGAAACCAGUAGCAACCAGAUGUACCCUAAAUCCAGAUGACAUGACAGGAACAUCAGAAACACCUAUGUCUAGAAGGAAAUCUUUAAAGAAAUCACUGCGAGAAUCAUUCCGUAGAUUGAGGAGGAGGAGAUCAGAAAGAAGACAAGAUAAAGCUAAACCUGAACAAAAAACUGAUGAAAAAGAAAAGAAAUCAGAUGAAGGAAGUUCAUCACCAUCUAAAAGUAGAGCCUCCCCUGGAGCUUCACCAGAACCACGCCCUGUAGAAAGACAAAUAGAAGCUAGAAAUCCAGAGGAAACCAUAGGGUCUAUGGUUAGGUGUUUAUAUUUCGCAAAUACUUUCGUAACAAAUGGUACAGAUAGUGCUCCAUCAUUAUGGGUAGGAACAAAUGGCGGACAUGUUUAUAUUUAUACAAUGACAGUUCCAACAGAGAAAAGAAAUGAAUCAGAUGUGAUAGCAAUUAUUGCUAAGGAAAUUAAAUUAAGACAUAAAGCUCCUGUAAUACAUAUUGCUGUUGUGGACGGUAAAUCUCGUGUCAUACCAGAUGCACUGGAAGUUGAGAAUGAACGAGCUAAGGCUGCAGAUUACUCAGGAGCACAUCAUACAGUAAUAAUUUGUUCUGAAGAACAACUUAAAAUUUUUACAUUACCACAUUUGAAGGCUAAAUUAAAGUACAAAGUAACAGCUUUAGAUGGUUCUAGAAUUAGAAAAGUAGCUUUUAUUAAUUUUAGGAGUAAAAGUGAUGAAAAUUAUAAUGAAUUUGACAUCGCCUGUUUAACCAAUUUAGGAGAUUUAAGUGUACAUACUGUUAAUUCAUUAAGGCAGCAAUUAGUAGCAUCAGCUCUAAAAAGAGAAGACAUAACAGGAAUUUCAUCAUUCAUUUUUACCAAGCAUGGUCAGGGAUUUUACUUAUUAUCAUCAUCAGAGUAUGCAAGAGUGACAUUGUCAUCACGGAAUGUUACAGAACCAAACUGUACGGUAGAACUGAAAGACGGCAUGAGACCAGAGCCAGAACCUGAACCUGAAGUUGUUGUUGAACCUCAGAAGGAAGAGGCUGAGGAGAAAAAAGAAGAAGAAGGUGGUCUAACCCCAGACGAUCGGUAUAAUAGUGGAGAUAUUGCCGAAGCUUUGAAUGAAUCACAGUUGAACGACUCACAAGCCAACACAACCGUUGAAGGGGAAGUAACACAAGACAGCAUACAAGUACUACAGGAUAGUUCAGUGGUAGAAUCAACAACAUUAAUCACUACAUCUGAGACAACAGUAGUUACAACAACAGAGGAGACAGUAACACACACAGUAACAGCUGGUGGGGAUGGUCCAGAAUCAGUCAAUAUUGAUGAUGACACGAAAUCUACACAGCCGAUUGUUACUACUACAACACAGGUAAUAACUGAUGUAAAUGAAGUUCAUGAUAAAAUAAUUGAAUUGAAGAUAACAGAAGAUGAUGCCGCUCUUGCAAAGAAAAAUCUACAAGAUGCAGAACAGGUGAUUUCAACCGAGGCUCCAGUUGUCAGUUAGACUGUAAUGCUAAGGCUUGCCUGUAAACAUGGGGCCAACGAUAAAAUGGCAAUAAUUCACACUUAUAUUGUGGACAAUUAGGAAGAGAAAUUUAAGUAUCACGGACUAUCUAUGUUUAAGUUGUGCUUAAGCUUGUUUAAAAGGACAUUUUUGACUAUUGUCAAGUUAUUUUAAGAAUCAUUCCAAGAUUAUUAUACUUAUUUAUGAAACUGCAACUGCUACUGUGUAAUGUGAAAUAGUGUGAUUUUUUUUGUCAGAUGUUAAAUGCUUAGCCUGGUUUUUUGUCAGUGUUAUUAAAAAGUGUACAUAGAAAAGUAUGACACCUACAUGUACUAAGUACUGCUUGGAGGAAGAUAUUUGGUUUAGAUACUAUUUUAUAUUUGUCUUCCAAGUUCAACUGCAUAAUAAGUAGAAAAGAAAGAUGUUUAAAUUUUGUUAUCUUAGAUUUUUACAUUAUUUAGACAUUUUAUUGGGAUAGGGAUUUACUUGUGGUUGUGGUGUUUUUUUGUCAAGAUUGAAACCAAUAAAUUUUUUUUUUCAAACUAGUGCAAUGUAGUAUAGAAUUUUUUAAAAUCUUUUUUAUUCCAAGCUUAUUCUCAGACAUACAUACACAUUUUUAUAGGCAUUACAAAGUACAGGCAAAUUAUUGCUGUUUUCUUUACCAUGGAAAUAAUAAGAAGAAAAUAUAAAUUGACCUUUAAGGCAUUAUCAUGUAUUUUGUGUAAUAAUUAUUUUAUGAUCGUAAAGUAUGUAUUAAAAAAUAAUAAAUUUAUUAAAUAAGAUUUGUAAGCUACUUUAAUAUUACCAAAAUUGAAUUAGUACUGAAUGACUAUUCAUUAUAAUUAUUUAAUAAUAAUAAAGGUUGUACUUUCAAUAAUUUAUAUGAUUAUAUCUUGUUUGUAAAUCUUCGUUACAUCAGUUCAAAAGUUUCAGUAUUAAAAUGAAAAGUUUUUGAGCAUACAAAGCAGGACUGCAUUAUAGAUUAAUGAGAUUUGAACACUGGUAAAUUAUCAUUCAAUUUGCCUCUUAUUUAGUAGAGUGUAGAGCUUUUGUAAAAAUGAAGAAUAAUUUUUACAUUUGUGAAAUGUUUGUAUUGAUGUUUUUGAUGAAAUAGGUUGUGUACCAAUUUAAUAGUUAUUUUAAUCUAUUUGCUAAAACUAGAUUUUUAAAAAAUCAUGUGAUUAAGAAUUUUAUAUUUUUAAUUGCUUCAGUACUGUUUCCUAUGCAUUUUAUGAUAGCUUUUUGUCUGUGUUAAGUUGAGAACUACAUGUUUUAUGUGCCUGUCUAAAUAUAUGGUUGUUUCUUGUUGAAGUAGUGCAAAGAACAAUUUUUUGAAAUUUUAUGCAUAUUUCAGAAGAAAAUGAAAACAGAAGAAAAAUUAUGAUUCAUAUUUUUGUGAUACAUUAUUAGAUUAAGUUGACCAUCAUUUUAGACCAAAGAAAGCUAUAGAGCUUUUAAUGAUCCAUCCAUUUUAUUUUCAUAAAGCUUUUUUCAUGAUGUGUAUCAUGUACAUGAUAUUGUAUAGAAACAUCUCACUACUAAUAAAAUGUAUAAAUUGU